GCCGCUUCCCUCCCCCGUCGGGCGCUCACCUGGCGGGGCCGCCCCUCGCCAGGGGGCCGGUUCCACGUGGGGCGCGGGGCUCGCCCGCCCGCCCUCCCCGGGCCGCGCGUCCGCCGCCCGCCGGCUCAGGCCCCAGCAGCCGCCGCCUCCCCCUCCAUGGCCGCCGCUCUCGCCGGCUGCAUUGUGGGAAGCUGACCUCACUCGCUGCUGCCGCCGCCCCGCCGGCUCCGGCACUCGCCGCCAUGGGGGCCGUGACCGACGAUGAAGUUAUCCGCAAGCGGCUGCUGAUCGAUGGCGAUGGAGCUGGUGACGACAGGCGGAUCAAUUUGUUGGUGAAGAGUUUCAUUAAGUGGUGUAAUUCCGGAUCUCAGGAGGAAGGAUACAGCCAGUACCAACGAAUGCUGAGUACUUUAUCACAGUGUGAAUUUUCAAUGGGAAAAACUCUUCUGGUGUAUGACAUGAACCUGAGAGAGAUGGAAAACUAUGAAAAAAUCUAUAAGGAUAUAGAAAAUAGUAUAGCUGCAGCCCAUGAGAAGAUCUCUGAAUGCAAAAAGCAAAUCCUGCAAGCAAAAAGGAUUCGAAAAAAUCGCCAGGAGUAUGAUGCACUGGCCAAAGUCAUACAGCAUCACCCAGACAGACAUGAAACACUGAAGCAGCUAGAAGCUUUGGGAAAAGAACUGCAAAAUCUUUCUCACAUUAAAGAAAAUGUUGAAGAUAAGUUGGAGCUGAGAAGGAAGCAGUUCCAUGUUCUCCUGAGCACCAUCCAUGAACUUCAGCAAACCCUGGAGAAUGAUGAAAAACUUUCAGAAGCUGAGGAAUCCCAAGAAACUCAGAUGGAAGCAGAGGCCAAGCAGUAGAUGUCAUAUGAAGACUGACAAUACUACUUAAGAAAGUCCAAGUAUCUUCACUUCCUGUUGAAAUCAACAAUAAGAGAGAUGGAGCUGGAAAUAGUUUUCUACUGCUGCUGUGAAUUUUUAUACAAAAAUAAAUGUUUUGCGUAUGCUUCAGGGGAAAACAGUUGCAGAUGUUUGCAGACAGGCACUCGGUGUUAAUCCACAAACUUUGUAAUUUGUGACAAAUGUACUUUGUUUCACCUAGGAUGAAGCUUUUACACUGUACUUGUGAACUAAGGUGUUUGCAAAACUUUGCCAAUAAAAGGUGUUUUCACAGA